AUGGGUGGAUUUGAAGUAUUGAUGUUAUUGAUGAAUUUUGUAAAGCAGCAGCCAUGCAAUGGCUUUAAAUCUACAAAUAAGAAACCUCGGAAAUCUCCAGGAGAGAAAAGCCGCAUUGAAGCUGGAGUUAGAGGAACAGGCCGUGGAAGAGCCAAUGGGCACCCCCAACAGAAUGGCGAAGGGGAGCCUGUUACGUUGUUUGAGGUGGUGAAGCUGGGGAAAAGUGCAAUGCAGUCUGUGGUGGACGACUGGAUUGAAUCAUAUAAACAAGACAGGGACAUCGCACUUCUGGAUUUAAUCAACUUUUUUAUCCAGUGUUCAGGAUGUCGAGGUACUGUGAGAAUAGAGAUGUUUCGAAAUAUGCAGAAUGCAGAAAUCAUCAGGAAAAUGACUGAAGAAUUUGAUGAGGACAGUGGUGAUUAUCCACUUACCAUGCCUGGACCUCAGUGGAAAAAAUUUCGUUCCAACUUUUGUGAAUUUAUUGGAGUCUUGAUUCGACAGUGUCAGUAUAGCAUAAUUUAUGAUGAGUAUAUGAUGGACACAGUCAUUUCCCUUCUGACUGGUUUGUCUGACUCCCAGGUCAGAGCUUUUAGGCACACAAGUACACUUGCUGCCAUGAAGCUCAUGACUGCUCUGGUGAACGUUGCCUUAAACCUCAGUAUUCAUCAGGAUAAUACCCAGAGACAGUACGAAGCUGAGAGAAAUAAAAUGAUUGGGAAGAGAGCCAAUGAAAGGUUGGAAUUACUACUUCAGAAACGCAAAGAGCUACAAGAGAAUCAGGAUGAAAUUGAAAAUAUGAUGAACUCUAUUUUUAAGGGUAUAUUUGUUCAUAGAUACCGGAUUAAUUGUUUGUUUGUAUUUUUGAAGCAAGGGGAAGUCAGGCUGAAGUGUUUGAAAGCUCUCCAGAGCCUAUAUACCAACAGAGAGUUAUUCCCCAAAUUGGAGCUAUUUACUAAUCGAUUCAAGGAUCGCAUUGUAUCAAUGACACUUGAUAAAGAAUAUGAUGUUGCUGUGGAAGCUAUUCGAUUGGUUACUCUGAUACUUCAUGGCAGUGAAGAAGCCCUUUCCAAUGAAGACUGUGAAAACGUUUACCAUUUGGUGUAUUCGGCACAUCGCCCAGUCGCUGUGGCAGCUGGAGAGUUCCUUCACAAAAAGCUGUUUAGCAGGCAUGAUCCACAAGCAGAAGAAGCAUUAGCAAAGAGGAGAGGAAGGAACAGUCCAAAUGGGAACCUCAUUCGGAUGCUUGUUCUUUUUUUUCUUGAAAGUGAGUUACAUGAACAUGCAGCCUACUUAGUGGACAGCUUGUGGGAGAGUUCUCAAGAACUGUUGAAAGACUGGGAAUGUAUGACAGAGUUGCUACUAGAAGAACCUGUCCAGGGAGAGGAAGCAAUGUCUGACCGCCAGGAGAGUGCUCUUAUAGAGUUAAUGGUGUGUACAAUCCGCCAGGCUGCUGAGGCACAUCCGCCUGUGGGAAGAGGCACCGGCAAGAGAGUGCUAACUGCCAAAGAAAGAAAAACGCAAAUAGAUGACAGAAACAAACUAACUGAACAUUUUAUCAUCACACUUCCUAUGUUACUAUCAAAGUACUCUGCAGAUGCAGAAAAGGUAGCAAACUUGCUACAAAUUCCUCAGUAUUUUGACCUAGAAAUCUACAGCACAGGCAGAAUGGAAAAGCAUCUGGACGCUUUGUUGAAACAGAUUAAGUUUGUGGUAGAGAAGCACGUGGAAUCAGAUGUCCUCGAAGCCUGCAGUAAGACCUACAGCAUCUUGUGCAGUGAGGAGUACACCAUCCAGAACAGAGUGGAUAUCGCUCGGAGCCAAUUGAUUGAUGAGUUUGUAGAUCGAUUCAAUCAUUCUGUGGAAGACUUGCUGCAAGAGGGUGAAGAAGCUGAUGAUGACGAUAUUUACAAUGUUCUUUCCACUCUAAAGCGGUUAACUUCUUUCCACAAUGCUCACGAUCUCACAAAAUGGGAUCUGUUUGGUAAUUGCUACAGAUUAUUAAAGACUGGAAUUGAACAUGGAGCUAUGCCAGAACAGAUAGUCGUUCAGGCACUGCAAUGUUCCCAUUACUCGAUUCUUUGGCAGUUGGUGAAAAUUACUGAUGGUUCUCCUUCCAAAGAUGAUUUGUUGGUAUUGAGGAAAACAGUGAAAUCCUUUCUGGCUGUUUGCCAACAGUGCCUAUCUAAUGUUAAUACUCCAGUUAAAGAACAGGCUUUCAUGUUACUCUGUGAUCUUCUGAUGAUUUUUAGCCACCAGUUAAUGACGGGUGGCAGAGAGGGCCUCCAGCCCUUGGUGUUUAAUCCAGAUUCGGGCCUCCAGUCUGAGCUCCUCAGUUUUGUGAUGGAUCAUGUUUUCAUUGACCAGGAUGAAGAGAAUCAAAGCAUGGAGGGCGAUGAAGAAGACGAAGCUAACAAAAUUGAAGCCUUACAUAAAAGGAGGAACCUCCUGGCUGCCUUCAGCAAGCUCAUCAUUUACGACAUCGUGGACAUGCAUGCGGCCGCGGACAUCUUCAAGCACUACAUGAAGUACUACAAUGACUAUGGUGAUAUCAUUAAGGAAACCCUUAGUAAAACCAGGCAGAUUGAUAAGAUCCAGUGUGCCAAGACCCUCAUCCUCAGUUUACAACAGCUGUUCAACGAGCUGGUUCAGGAGCAAGGCCCUAACCUAGACCGGACAUCUGCGCAUGUCAGUGGCAUUAAGGAGCUGGCUCGACGCUUUGCGCUUACGUUUGGGCUGGACCAGAUCAAAACGCGAGAGGCCGUGGCCACCCUCCACAAGGAUGGCAUCGAGUUUGCCUUUAAAUACCAAAAUCAGAAAGGACAAGAGCAUCCGCCUCCCAAUCUGGCCUUCCUGGAAGUACUGAGCGAAUUCUCUUCUAAACUUCUUCGACAGGACAAAAAGACUGUACACUCGUACCUGGAGAAGUUCCUGACGGAGCAGAUGAUGGAGCGGCGGGAGGACGUGUGGCUGCCGCUCAUCUCCUACAGAAACUCGCUCGUCACUGGAGGCGAGGACGACAGGAUGUCCGUGAACAGCGGAAGCAGCAGCAGCAAGACGUCCUCAGUGAGGAGCAAGAAGGGCCGGCCCCCGCUGCACAAGAAGCGGGUGGAAGAUGAAAGCCUGGACAACACGUGGCUCAACAGGACGGACACCAUGAUUCAGACCCCCGGCCCCCUGCCCACGCCGCAGCUCACGUCCACGGUGCUGCGAGAGAGCAGUCGGCCGGCCGGAGAGCAGAUCCAGGAGCCCGAGUCGGAGCACGGCGCCGAGCCAGACUUCCUGCACAACCCGCAGAUGCAGAUCUCCUGGCUAGGCCAGCCGAAGCUAGAAGACUUGAAUCGGAAGGACAGAACGGGAAUGAACUACAUGAAAGUGAGGGCCGGAGUGCGGCACGCCGUCCGCGGGCUGAUGGAGGAAGACGCGGAGCCCAUCUUCGAGGACGUCAUGAUGUCGUCGCGGAGCCAGCUGGAAGACAUGAACGAGGAGUUUGAGGACACCAUGGUUAUCGAUCUGCCCCCGUCAAGGAACCGGCGCGAGCGAGCUGAGCUGAGGCCGGACUUCUUCGACUCGGCAGCUAUCAUAGAGGACGACUCAGGAUUUGGAAUGCCUAUGUUCUGAACUCCGAAGAGAAACUUACAAACCUGGAACUCUAUUCUCUAGAGCUAGAGGCCUAUAUACUGUGAUAGCUUGUGUGGGGAGAGCACACUUCUGCUGGGACCUGGUUGGUUGCUUAGCGCCGUGAUUGAAGGUCAGUCGGUUUUUGCAGUGGCGGCAGGGGAGAGGAUGCGAUGCGGACGCGGCCCAAGGAGACGCGGCGACCUCACCUCAGAAAGGCCGGCGGGCCGCCCCGGCCCCCCUCCCCACCCACCCCCCCGCCAGACUGCUCCGUUGCAGAUGCGUGUUUUUCUGGAGGAAGGAAGAAAUUUUAAAUUUUUAAAAAACAGCUGUCAAGAUAAACACUGUUAUACACCUGUUUUAUGGAAACUCCACCUUGAGUAAAAAAAAAAUAUUUUUAACUUUAUUUUCCUGUUGUACAAUUUAAAAACCGUUUAACAUUUUGCCUUUUUAUGUUUUAAGAGCUAACCAUUUUUAUUAAACCUGUGAGUACGCAGCUCCGCUAUGGCUGAAGAGUGUUUCUGGAGCUCACUGGGUUGGUUGCCCGUGUAGACACACACAACGUGAGCACGCCAAGGUGUAAGGUGGACGUCGUGCGUCGCUGCCAAAACCACGCCCUCUGCCGCUACGGAUAGCACUUCCCCGAUUUUAUAGACUCUUGAAUAAAAAGGUUUAUUUUUAUUUAUAAAUGGGCACAAAGGAAAAAAUGCCCGUUGCAGCCAUUUUUUCCAGCAGAUGCUGAACACCGUCCACUUUAUAUACACUAGGAAGAAGUUUCCAGAACAGUGCAUUUUCUAUUGGCAUUUGUCCUGGGCAUUUUUAGCAACUUCUACCAGCAAAUAAAGGAUUCUCAGUAAAAAAACAAAAAUGAUUCACCACUUCAGGCCCUGCCAAAUUCAACUUACAGAUGUCUGUUUUCUCACCAAGAUAAUCAUGAAGAAUCCUUUGCCAUUUUAAGUGUUACCCAACUGUCUACUUGCGUGCACUUGAUACCCUUCCGCGUACGUGUGUGAGUUCCGUUUCCUGAUGCUAGAAGUCUGUGCUUAGAGGGUGACGUGCUUCGGCUGCCUUGACCCACAGCUGCUCCGUGUUCCGUGUGCGUGUGACCCAAGUUCUCUGGGGGAAGAGAGACGCGACCAAUCUUGAGGACGGGCUGCCGUGGCUUAGAGUUCAUAGUCUGCUUGGACUUUCACGACUUGCUGCUAUGUUUUUAAAAGCCCACUUGCUUCCUUUCUGGCUUUUCCCGAAAGCCUCAAAUCCCAAACCAAUCCGUGCACAGCAGUUUCUGGGCUGGUUUUAAAGUUGGUGCAACAGAAUCCUGAGGCUUUUUUUUUUUUUCUUUUCCCCCCCUUUCGACCAAAAAUUCAAAAGCAUUUAAAAAAAAAUUCUGUGCAUCCAAUGAUACCUUUUUUUGCGUGGGGGAGAGCAAAAUGGAUUUUAUUCAUCCUUUUUAGUAGCCAGACAUGAAACAGAUUUUUCUCGACAUUUGUAUAGUU